AUGGACCAAAUAGCUCAAAGAAACGAAACAGAUUACCAUCGUUCACAGUCAAAUUUUGCUAAUGGGUUUUCGCCUCCUAAUCGCUCGCUAGCCAACGCAAAUGGUGGGUAUAGAGCCUCCAUGUCGAAUUUGACUACUUCAAGGCCAAGCGGGACAGAAGAAUGGAAGAAAUCGAGUUCUGAUAGGAUCACUGCCACUAAAAUUGAAAGUUGGAAAAUGUCUGGUAAACCACGUCAUGCCCAACUUCAACAUGUAGUGCAAGAGGAAGACCCAAGGAAUAGAAGGCAGUCAGCUCCUUUAUUUAAUUCUCCUUAUCAGCAUCAUCCUAAACCUUUACCGCAAGAACCAUCACCUGUUGUUCAACAUAAUGUUUACCCUCCUCCCGUUAUGGGUGAACCAUUUACGCAAGCCCCUUUUCAUUUAACCACUCCUAUACAACAACAUCAUCGUCCGGUGUACGCGCAUAAUGAAAUGUAUCCACCCACAACACCGUAUAUGCCAGCAAAUGAAUUCGUACCACCUCCUUUAGUAGAUUAUCAGCAUUACCACCACCACCAACCAGAAUAUAUUCCUCCUCCUCCUCCUCAACAACAACCAUUGUAUAAUGAAUUUUCACCCCAAGAUUACCCUCCACAACCUUAUAAUGAAUAUCCUAUUGUAGAUUAUCCUCCACAACACCAACAUCAUCCCAUAGCAGACUAUUCUCCACAACAACAGCAUCGUCCAAUUGGAGAAUAUCCCCCGCAGCAGCCAUAUAAGGAAAUUCCACUUCAGGAUUAUCCAUCACAACAACCCAUCGUGUCAGAACAUGAUGCACCUGUUGCUAAGCCAGAGUUAAAGCCUCAGAAGAAAAAAGAUGCCAAGCCAGAGAAAAAAGUGCGUCAGAUUACAGUCCAGUCGAUAAAUAUAGAACAUCGAGUUUGGAUUGAUGUCUUGCCAGCGGAAACAGGCCUAUCAUUAGCUGAAAAGAUCCAUAUUAUCGCCACUUUUAGAACACGAAAAAUUGUUUCUAUCACUUCAGCAUCGGGAAGAAAGGUACCAUUGGACAACCGACCUGUGUUUGGAAGUUGGAUGGAUAUGGAGAAUUUUGUAGAUGGUGAGCGUUGGACCGUAGAAUGGAGAGAGAAUGACAGAGGCGUGGUCGAUAGAUUUAUGUCGAAAAUCGUUCAAAGUAAACGAAGAGAUUAA